UUACCUAAGCAUCCAGGAAGGCAACAGGGAAUCUAAGCUUCACAGGAUCAGGCUAAAUCAGAACUUACAGCCAUGAACAAACUGAAUUUGCAGAGCAGUGGAAACAUGGUUGCAGAGUGACAGCGGGUGACAUGCCCACAUGCUGAGUAGCUGUAACCUGACAGAGAGAAGCUGUGAAGCUCUGUCCUCAGUCCUCAGCUCCAAGUCCUGCAGUCUGAGAGAGCUGGACCUGAACAACAACAACCUGCAGGAUUCAGGAGUGCAGCUGCUUUCUGAUGGACUGGAAAGCUCACAUGGCAGACUGGAAACUCUUAGGCUGAGUCACUGUGGUCUGUCAAAGAAGAGCUGUGGAGCUCUGUCCUCAAUCCUCCGCACACAGUCCUGCAGUCUGAGAGAGCUGGACCUGAGCAACAACAACCUGCAGGAUUCAGGAGUGCAGCUGUUGUCUACAACACUACAGAGUCCACACUGCAGACUGGAAACUCUCAGACUGUCAGGCUGUCUGAUCACAGAGAAAGGCUGCAGAUCUCUGGCCUCAGCUCUGACCUCAAACCCCUCCCAUCUGAAGGAGCUGGACCUGAGCUACAAUCAUCCUGGAAUCACAGGAUUAACGCUGUUGACCGGUCUACAGGAUUCACAAUCAAAGCUGGACACUCUCAGGUUGGAGCCUGCUGGAGUCCAGUGGUUGACACCAGGUUUGAUGAAGUAUUCCUGUGAACUCACAAUCGACACCAACACGGUAAACCACAGAAUCCAACUGUCUGACAACAACAGGAAGGGGACACUUGUGGAGGGCUCUGUGUUAUAUCCUGAUCAUCCAGACAGAUUUGACCCCACUGCGCUGCUGUGUAGAGAAGGUCUGACUGGGCGCUGUUACUGGGAGAUUGAGUGGACAGGAGGAGUGUUUAUAUCAGUGAGUUACAGAGGAAUCAGCAGGAAAGAAAACAAUGAGUCUGGAAGAAACGAUCAGUCCUGGAGUCUGAGCUGCCGUGAUAAUGAAGAUGAAGUUGAAUACUCUGUCCUUCACAAUAACGUAGAGACGCCUAUUACCCGCUCCUCCUCCCAGCUCUAUUUCUCCUCACCCCCCUCAACCACGCACAGAGCAGCGGUGUAUUUGGACCACACUGCUGGCUCUCUGUCCUUCUACAGCGUCUCCUCCGACACACUGAUCCACCUCCACACCUUCAACACCACCUUCACUGAACCUCUCUAUACUUGGUUUGGGUUUGGGUUCUGGCUCGGAUAUGAAGGUUCCUGUGUCUCUGUGUCGUCUGUAGAGGGAGAGUCUCCUUCUGUUCACUGCUGAUCAGUAUCACCCCAUUCAAGGCUCUCCAUAACCUCCGUCACCUCUGUACCUCUCUGAUCUCCUUCAUACCGACACACUGACCCUACUCUCCGGUCUUCCUCCUCCACGCCGCUCUCUGUUCCUCCUGCCCGCUUACCUCCAUCAUGGACCCGCCGUCUCUGGAACUUUCUACCACCAACCCCCCAUGACACAGACUUUAUCUCGACUUUAGAAUCCUGUCUCCAAACUCACCGAUUUAGAAUUCCCCCGCAGGACUACCCAUCGUUCCUGGGGGACAUGGCCUUCUCCAUUGCUGCUCCCACCCUCUGGAAUUAACUCCCAAAAACCAGAGACCCCCUCCCUCACUCUCCACCUUCAAGAAAUCCCUAAAAAAAAAAGAAACAACUCUCCUCUUCACCGCCAUGUGAUUGCUCUUAGUACAUUCUUCUAGUUUUUACGCAUGAAUUGCAAGAUGUUCCCCUAUGUUUCCAAGGUAUAGAAGACAGCAACGAACCAGGUUUGGGUCGGAGUUCUUGUAAGUUGGUUAUAAAUGUUAGUAUAAAACAGCAGCCUCUCCCUGAGAGGGUGUAUUUGAUCUGUGGUAAUAGAGCUUAUAGCUGCAUGCCAUACAAAAUUUAAAAGGGACCUGUUAUUUGGCCUACUUAGUUCCUAUGAUUAGAGAAGUAGAAUCUAAAGAAAUUGCUGCCCUGCAUCCACCAAUGGAUAGACAGAAAAGAUAAAUAUUUGGGUUUCAGGAAGCAGCAAGCAUCCUUUUGCCAUCAUAUGGUGUUUAUGUGUCUCAGCAGGAAAUUAAAGCAUUAUCUAAAGUAUUGGAGAAUCAUCUUAACGCCUCUAGUAGAGCUAUGUUAGCUGAACACAAAGAGCUUCAGGAGGUUAAAAACGUGGUAAUGCAGAACAGAAUGGCUCUUGAUCUCCUCCUAGCUGCAAAAAGGGGAACCUGCAAAGUUAUUGGUACUGAAUGUUGUUCCUAUAUUUCUGAUGCUACUACUGAUGUUAUGAAUAUGGUACACGACACUGCACAAGGGAUAAGAGAACUGCAUGAAAACCAUGGGUUCAAUUUGGGGAUUUUAAAGGAAUGUUGGGUUCCUGGGGUGCUGGUAUUUCUAACCACUCUUGUGGUUACCUUAAUGGCGAUUCUAUUUUUAGUAGUAUGUCUGAUAACUAUAAUUAAAGCCAUUUUUCGACAUGCUGUUAAACCUAUUAGCCAGGCCUCUCAGGUUGUUAUUGAUAAUAAUAUUGAACUCAUACCAUGUAAAUUAGGGUUAAAGGUUUUGAAUUUAAGGUUUGAAUUUUUCUAGGUUUUGUUUCUAUUUUGACAAUCACAUUUAAUAUUAAAUGAAUGUUAUAUUUUGAAUGAAGAUAAAUUAAUGGUGUAUUUUGAAUAAAAUGCUAUGUUGGUGUUGGGGUUUUAUCAAGUCAA